CCUGGCUAUUUCAGUGCUAUAGCGCAGUAAAAUGUUUGCAAAAUUGAAGAAGAAGAUAGCAGAAGAGGCAGCUAUUGCUCCCAGACCAGGAGGAGCUGCCAGGAUACCCAGGUCUGUCAGUAAGGAGUCAAUUACGUCUGUGGGAGCGGACUCCGGAGAUGACUUUGCUUCUGAUGGAAGCAGCUCUAGAGAGGAUCUUUCAUCCCAGUUGUUCAGAAGAAAUGAACAAAUAAGAAAACUGGAGGUCAAGCUGUCUGAUUAUGCUGAUCAGAUCCGAAACUUGCAGAAGAUAAAAGAGAAGCUUGAAAAUGCAUUAGAAAAGCAUCAGGAUUCCUCCAUGAGGAAGUUUCAGGAGCAGAAUGAAGCUCACCAGGCCAGUCGAGCCAAGAUGGCUGAAGGAAUGGCUUUGGCCUUAGAAAAAAAGGACCAGGAGUGGAUGGAAAAACUGGGUCAAAUUGAAAAGGAAAAAAAAAUGCUUGAAACGCAGUUACAAGAAAUGAGGGAGCAGAGUUUGAACCUUUUUCAAAAAAGAGAUGAAAUUGAUGAAUUGGAGGGCUUUCAACAGCAGGAAAUUGCCAAAGUUAAACACAUGCUUUUGAAAAAGGAAGAAUCUCUGAGCAAAACAGAGCAGGAACUAGAGGUGUGCACUCGAGAGCUAACCCACACUAAAGAGGUGCUGCAGGAUGCAAGCAACGAGUCAUCAGGCCUAAGGAAAGAUCUUCAAGAGUUGCAGCAGCGGUUCUUGGAGCUAGAGGCACAGAGAGAUGAACUAAUGACAACUGAGACAAAUGCAGAAAAUAAGAUCACGGCUCUGGAGUUAAGAGAACAGGAGCUACAAACUGUCAUUCAGCAGCUUUCUGUAGACUUGCAAAAUAUGACUUUGGAGUUUGCUGAGAGAAAUAAACUUACUGAACAGCUUCAAGAAAAAGUGUCUUCCUUGGAAAAGAAGCUAGAAAGAAAUCUUUCAGGGGAUGAACAUGUGCAGGAGCUACUCAAGGAGAAAGCUACUCUUGAGCAGAAACUGAAUGAAACCAGGCAGCAGGUACUAACAGACAGAAUGCAUCACACUGAGACUGUGAACCAGUUGGAAACACAGAAUAAAGAACUGGAACAAAAACUACGGAUUGCAACAGGAGCAUUGAAAAAGAGCGAAGAAGCAGCUGCUGAGCAGGAUCUGAAGAUCCAGAAGCUGGUGAGUAUGCUGCAGGAUGAAAGAAGUAAACUACAGCAACAGAUUUUAAGUGAGAAACAUCAGUACGAUCAGAAAGUUACUGGGCUGGAGUCUCAAAUUGCUGCUCUUGAAACAGCUUGGGAAUUUGAUAAAACAGCUACUCAGCACAAGAUUAGCCAGUUGGAAAAGGAAAAUGAAAAUCUUAAUGGAAGCAGAGAAGAGUAUGAGAGUUCUUUAAAAAACCAAGAGUCUGAAUUGAACAGGCUAAAGAAUGAAUUGAGCAGCAGAGAGACUGUCAGUGUUGAAAUUGCCAAAGCAUUGGAAGAAACACGAAAACAAAGAGAGGAAUUACAACAGCAGGUUUCACAUCUGGCUUCCUUAAUAAAGGGAAAAGACCAGCUGAUUGAUGAAAAAUGUGAUUUGCUUCUAAAACAGAAGGAAGAACUAAACCAACUCAGUCAAGAUCAUGAAGCUGUCUUGCUGCAAGUGCAUCAGUUGCAAUCUGACAUAGAAGCAAGUAAUAGCCGAGCAGUGGAGAAAGAAGAAACGGCAAGAAAGGAAAUUGAUGAACUGAAGUUGCGGAUACAGGAGUGCCUGUUGACCAGAGAACAUGAGAAAAAUGUUUCAGAACUAGAGGAAUCAAUGAGAACCUUGAACAACAAGCAUUUACAUUCUCCAGAGAACUGUGUCCUGGAACAGAACGGAGAGGUAGCCACUGCAGACAUCACUCAACUUCAGAAGGAUAACAGGGAGCUGGAACAGCAAAUUGCUGAGAAAAACAAGAUGAUAAAGCAGCUACAGCAAAGAAUGGCAGAACUCAAGAAAACCCUCCAGAAAGAGUUGAAAAUAAGGCCUGACAGUGAGGUACCUGAAGUACGUGAAAAAGCAAAUUCUGAAGUGCCUAAUGCUUCUGUGACUGUCACAAACAACUCUGAUUUAAAUGACUCAAGGGAGAUAAACUUUGAAUACCUUAAACAUGUGGUACUAAAAUUCAUGUCCUGCCGGGAAUCUGAGGCAUUCCAUCUAAUUAAAGCUGUAUCUGUGUUACUGAAUUUUUCACAAGAGGAAGAAAACAUGCUUAAAGAAACUUUGGAGUACAAGAUGUCCUGGUUUGGGUCAAAGCCAUCUCCUAAAGGCAGUAUCCGGCCGUCUAUCUCGAGCCCAAGGACACUGUGGCCUUAAGGGAACCUGAAAAUGGGCAGUCAGCAUCUAGCCACUUUUUUUCUGUGAAAAGAACGCUGAACACACUAAUUCAGGUGUGUCUUAAUCACUGUCAUUGCAGUAUUUUGUACAAGAACUUUUGACGCUGUUUACAAAACUAAUACUGUGCAAGGAGAGAUUUUCACUACAAACUGAAACACCUCUUCUGGGUUGGAUUUUGGGACCAUUCUCUCGAUGGUCUCUUAAUGGAAGUCAGCUCCUUGUGCUCAUCGGUCUUGUUUUCUUGGCACCAAAGGGUAAUGUUAACCUCACUAAUAGCGGUGCUGGCAGUUCAAGCUUCUAACAUGUGCAUCUGUUAUGACGGUGAUUCCAGCUUCUGCUGCGGAGGGCUAGAGUUGAGUAACUCUAGGCACAGUAAAGCUUCCUGGUCUCGCUGUGGAAAGCAAGCAAUGAAAAAAAAAAAAAUGUUGGCAGUACUGUAUUGAGUUUUUGACAGUCUGAAAAGCCUUUCAAAGAACAGGAGCAGGAGCUUUAACCAAAAAAGAAAUCUGCCUUGCUUUGUUAUACUGUCAUAACUAAUAGUUUGCAUUUUUUCAUAUCACUGUGUAAUUUAAGGUGCAUAUAUCCUGGCCUGCAGUCCUGAAGGCUGCAUGUUGAUGAUGAUUAUUUAAUUCGAGAGCACAACUUUAGAGUUGUCUGAUUUUACUUUUCUUAAAGAAAAAUAAUAUUUAAAAUGGUCUUAAUUAUAGUACCUAAUACUCAGUCGCCUUUAAAACUAAUUAGCCUGUACCAUAGGUUGUUAGCAUUGGGAAGAAGGGGUAGUAAACCAUUUUAAAUUUUUAAAGCUGAGUUCCAGGUAUUGUAAAUGCAUACUGAGAAUACCUUUUAUUUAAAAAAAAAAAAAAAUCUAGUGACAACGGGUGAAGAAUAUUGGUACUAAACACUUUGAUUUAUUUUCUUUUUCUUCCAAGUCUGCUAGCAACAAAUCUUCAUAACCAGUAUCUGCCUCUUUGGUUGUGGUUUUCUGUACUUCAAAUACUCAUGCUUAAAAACUGUUAUGAACAUGUAGUGGGCUGUUAACUGUGUCCUAACUACAUGGUAAAAGAAAUGCUGCUCAUGAGGUUUUUGGUUUUUGAGGGCAAAAUUCAACUCUUAAUGAAUAAAUCUUGGUUCCAGCAGCUUGCUUUAAGGGGACCAAGGUGGCACUUGCCUCACAGAGUGGAAGCACAAUUUUGCCCAUAGUUAUUAACACCACUGCGACAUCUAGAUGAAAAUGGGAAGCAGCAGUAAGUCUGACUGCUUAAAAUGGGAGAUUUUUUCAAAAAACUACAUAUGUAUGGAAUUCAGUGAGCAGGCUGAAAUUCCGGUAAUGCUCUUACAGUGAGGUUUGUGUUACUAACAAUACUUUUAUUAAAUAUAUUCAACAAAAUUCAACCUGUCCUCUAGUGGAGAUACAGUCACUGUUCAGGGUUUUUAACAUUGCUUUGCUAACAGGGGUCUGAAUCACCUCGGUGGUGGCAGUCGAGAUGUAGUGUUAAGAGUUACAGCAUGUGAGCUGCUUCCGUGCACACUCGUGCUGUGGUAAAGAUGAAAGUAUCCUUCCAUGUGAGGUCAGUUAUUGGAGCAGUAAACAUGCUGCAAAUCUAUACCCUGGCUGAUCUCCCCAGUUGCUGUUCUCAGCCAUAUCCCGGACGCAGGUACUUGCAGUACCUAUUAACCUUGGCACAAGUGACACUCCUCAGUUUAGAGCUAGGUUAUAUUUAUUUAAAGUUAAGAAAACCACCAGGACUUUUUUAGUACACUAAAGCUUCUCCAAACGCAGUCUUCAGUAACCAGAUCCAUGGCACUUAAUGAGAGCAUAGGGGAGUUUACAAGAAGAGUACAAGUCUGGCAGACAAUCAAAAAGUGGGUUUGUAUCAAUUGCGCCUGUACUGAAACAAAGCAGGGAUGGGACAACCCUGUUGGCGCUGGGAAGAUUUUAUUCUCUGAGGUGUUUUUCUGUAGAAUGUCCCUUUGCCCUGGCCUAUUUCUGUGGGACCUGAGACCAGGGGACAGGAUUCCCUCUAAUCACACUGAUGCCUGCUGAAUGACUAAUUGGUUUAUGUUGAUCCUGGCUUGAAAGGUUACUGCUGAACAGUAAGAAAAGCAGUACAGGCAGCUUAGAAUAGAGAGUGACAGCAUAAAAUCUUAGAUUACAUAUUCAUUAACACAACUUCAAUUUAAGAUCCCGAAGAUCAUACAGGAUCAACUUACCGUAAGAACUAGUUCUUAAGUGUUGAAUUUUCUUUAGAUAUCGGAGCAAGAAUGGUGUGUAUACAUAUAUUAAAAAGCUAAUGCACUUUCCCUUGUAUAAAAACAGUGGUAUACAUAAUCCUUUCUAUGGCCAUUGGAUUUCUUUCCUUCUAUGCUGUAAAUACGGAUUGUAUUAUGAAACACUAUGAAAUUUGUGGUGCAAUACAUUUUGGAUCAAAACCCUA